AUGGCCGCACCAAAUUUGGGGCUCCCCGGCCCUAACAACGCUCAGAAUGCGCAUGGAGACGCCGAAGAGGAAAUCCAAGGGACGACUGCUACCGGCAUCGGCCCAGAGUCACCAGAAACCGCUGCUAAUCCUGCCGUCAAUGGCGACUUUGGCAAGGAAGACCACGAGUACAUCAGCGGAUACAGGAUGUACGCUGCCCUCUUCGGCAUUAUGUCUGUCUUCUUCCUCGUCCUCUUGGAUUUCAGCAUCACUGCGACGGCUAUUCCGUACAUCACAAGUGAUUUUCACCGGUUGCAAGAUAUCGGAUGGUACGGAAGUGCCUAUGUGCUUUCGAGCGCGGCUUUGCAACCCUUUACCGGAAAACUCUACACCUACCUCAACGUGAAGUACACAUUUCUGUUCUUCGUCUUCAUUUUUGAGAUCGGCUCUUUGCUUUGCGCAGUCUCGACAUCGUCCAUGUUCUUCAUCCUCGGCCGUACCAUCGCCGGGCUGGGAAGCUCUGCGUUGGAAAACGGUGCCCUAAACCUCGUCGCCGGAGCAGUGCCUCUGCACAAACGUCCUUUUUACAACGGCAUAGUCUUUGCAGUCUGCCAGACAGGCAUAGUCCUCGGGCCUCUCAUCGGUGGUGCCUUGACGCAAUACGCGAGCUGGCGAUGGUGCUUCUACAUCAACCUUCCCAUCGGCGUGGUCUCCAGCCUCUUCCUCUUCUUCACCCACGUCCCGGAAGAGACGCUCAAGCCACCCUUCUCGCUUGCCCUCCUACGCCGCAUCAUCCCAGAACUCGACCUGACAGGAUUUGCGCUGUUUGCCCCCACGACCGUCAUGUUCCUCAUCGCGCUGCACUGGGGAUCGACCAAACACGGGUGGAGCUCGCCCGUCGUCAUCGGCUUGUUCGCAGCUUCUGGUGCUACGUUGGUCAUAUUCUCCAUCUGGGAAUGGCACGUAGGCGAGAAGUCCCUCAUACCAUUUUACCUCAUCAAGAGGAGACGGGUAUGGGCCAGCGCGAUGCAGAGCACCACCCUAUUCUCCUUGAACUAUGUCGGAGUCAACUACGUCCCUAUCUACUUCCAGGCUGUGAAGGGCGUAGGCCCCUCGCUGAGCGGUGUCUACAUGCUGCCCUCGAUUCUGACGCAAUUGCUGUCUCUGGUUAUUUCUGGCGCCCUUGUAACAAGAAUCGGUUACUACCUCCCAUUCAGCGUUAUUUCAGGAGCGACAACUACAGUCGCUUGCGGUCUGAUAUCGGCAUGGAAUCCAAAUACGUUGACAGCAGCUUGGAUCGGUCACCAAAUACUAUUCGGUCUGCGCGGGUUAGGACUACAAAUGUCUGUCAUCUCAGUCCAAAACGCCGUCACGCCAGCCCAGAGCCCCAGCGCGAUAGCCUUCUUGCUGUUCGUCGAGAAUCUGGCAUCGGCCGUCUUCACAGUUGUGGGCAAUGCAAUCUUCACGCAGACCCUUAUUCGGCAAGUCUCCAUCUUGGCACCUUCAGUAAGCCCCGAGGCGGCGCUCGCGGUGGGCGGAAGCGCGGAAGCCGUGCGAGGCUUGCUGCCCCCUGGCAGUCCGGAGCUCCACGGACUGCUGCUCGCGUUCUCGGAUAGCAUCAACGCCGUCUUCUAUUUGUUGGUGGCGCUCGGCGCGGUGUCGUUUGCCGCUUCUUGGGGUAUGGGCUGGGUGAAUGUGCGGAAGAAGGCGACGGAGCAGAAUGGUACGGAAGGGGUAGUUGAGGGCGCCCGCGGUUCCGACGGCAUCGAGAGAGGGCCAGAAUCGAAAUGUGCUUGA